AUGCCUCUGGUUUCAAUUUUAGUCGCAGAUAACAAACGAUUGGCUUUGAUUGCGCGCAAUUUAAACUACAGACACGAAACAACAUCAUCUCCACGUGUUCCAAUGCCAUCAUUUUCCUCACUCCAAUCUGUCUCGUAUCUCGCCCUUCAAUUUGAACGCGAGCAUGUGAGGCCAGUGUAUUCCAGUGAACCCCUUUAUCACCACCACCCCGACUCCCCCCACCAUGAAUCAACAAGAAAAGAAACCAAGAAGAACAGAGCAUUGAAGCUCUUUCUUUCUUUCUUUUUUUUCUUUCAUCGACUUGAAUAUUCUUGA